GGAGAAUGGACUUGUUAGACAACAUGUCUUGGAAAGCUUUUUUUUUUUUAAGAGGCUACGGCAUGUGACCUGUCACAUCACCUAAUGACUGUUUGCUCAGCAAAUGUUCUUAUCCUGGAACAGCAAUGCUGCCAAAUUUGACACAUUUCAUUAUUUAUUUCUGUUUUGAGGGUUAGAACAUUUGGUAAAAACAGGAUUUUUUAUUUGAGUGUCAGAAUUGAGGGACAAUUGCUCUUUGCCAUAGAAAACCACUACGACAAUCUGACAGACUCUUUUUAAUUUAAUAUCCGAUGACCAAUGAAAAAGCGUGAUAUGAAUGGCGUUAAAGAAAUAUCACUUCCCAGAAUGAGACCUGGCAUGUCGUGGCUGGUCAUUUGUGCAGUCGACAGUUCCCAAAGACCCUCCGCUGAGCUCGCGGUUGAGUUAGAGGUGUUGGGCUGGCUCCCUGGUGCAGGGAGGCUGGUGGCGGGGAGCAGGCCAGGCCUCAGAGGAUCAGCACUGUUUUCACAAUGCGUGGCUCGCUGGGGGGAGAGAUCGAGCCAGUGCAGUAUCACUCAGCCACCGCAAGUCAAAUACAAAAACCGGAAAUUAAAGGACGAGUUUGGGUUUUUGUUUGCCUCUUGGCUUGAGGUUGCAGGAGGGUGGCGCUGUGGCGGUAGGGUGGGGUGCGGUGCGGCGCUACUUGAGGGGAAUCCAGGUUGCGACGAUCACAAAUGUUCCUGUGUUUGUGAGCGGCAGCGGGUUUCUUCGUGGAUCUCAGCGCUCAGCCAGCUGCAGUAGAGAGGGUAGAAAGUUCCGCGUUAAUUGAAUUUAUCCGCUCUUUUCUCUGGGAACAACCGGGAAUUAUUUUUUACAACCACAAUGGAACAUCCAAGUCCAGCACAGCACCGAAAGGGGAUGUUUAAGCUGAAAAAGAAGAAGAAGGAUGCUAAGGAGGGUGUACUCUUUGCAAAUAAAGGUGCCCUGGAUGGCAGCGAAGGUGAUGGCCGAGUUGUUCUGCCUGUGCCAGAGGGCGAAGGUGCCAUGCAGGGCGGCCCUUCAGAACCAGAACCAGAACCAGAGCCAGAGCCGCCUGUUCUUAAAAGGUCAAAACCAGUGGCCAAGAUUCUGGACAGUGAAAGCAAGCCACAAAGCUUUCAGAUCUCCAUCAACAUCACGGAGGCGAGGCAACUCGUCGGAGAGAACAUCGACCCCUGUGUCAUAAUCGAAAUUGGCGAUGAGAAGAAGCAGACCACGGUCAAAGAAGGGACAAAUGCCCCCUUCUACAACGAGUACUUUGUGUUUGAUUUCUUCGGACCCACAGAGUCAUUUUUUGACAAAGUCAUCAAACUCUCUGUAAGUACAUUCAGCGAUCAGGAUUCACCCUGGAACUCCAUGGGCAAGGAUUGGAGAAGAAUCAAGGCUUUUGUGGUGAUGCACUCCAAAAUCAUGCGUGGCUUCUGCGUGGGGUCCUUCAAGCUGGACGUGGGAACAGUCUACAGGCAGCCAGGCCGUCAGUUCACCAACAAGUGGGCCGUGCUGACCGACCCCAUGGCCAUCCACGCAGGGGUCAAAGGUUACCUGAAGUGUGACAUCAGCGUGGCGGGGAAGGGCGACGUGACACCGCCCUCGCAGAAAAGCAGCAACGCAGAGGAGCAGAUCGAAAAUAAUCUGCUCCUACCCGCGGGGUUCCCCUCUGAGCGCCCGUGGGCUCGGUUUUACGUGAAGGUGUUCCGGGCGGAGGGUCUUCCUCGAAAUAACUCCAGCAUCAUGGCCAAUGUCACCAAGGCCUUCAUUGGGGACAACAAGGACCUCAUCGAUCCCUAUGUGGUGGUGUCUUUCUUCAGCCAGAUGGGCCGGACCUCAACCCAGAAGGGCACAGCAGACCCAGUGUGGAAUGAGCAGAUUGUGUUUAAAGAGAUGUUCCCUCCACUGUGUCAGCGGGUGAAGAUCCAGUUGUGGGAUGAGGGGAGCAUGAACGACGUGGCUAUCGGGACACACUUCAUCGACCUGCGCAAAAUCGCCAAUGAGCAGGAUGGAGAUAAAGGUUUCCUCCCAACAUUUGGCCCAGCUUGGAUCAACUUGUAUGGCUCCACCAGGAACUUCUCGCUGGGGGAUGACGGUCAGGAGCUGAACGAGGGUGUGGGCGAGGGGGUGGCCUUUCGGGGAAGGGUCUUCCUUGAAGUGUCCGUGGAAAUAUUGGCGGCGGGUGGGGGGGGGGAAUCCAAGGCGUCCCAGCAGGCCAAGGACCAGAAGGGCCCGCAUAAGGAUGGCAAAGCAGGGAAAGGAGGAGCCAAAGACAAAGCCGGUGCUCCUGGAGGCGGGGGCGGAGGAGCAGGUGGGGAGGAGGAGAAGGGCAAGGCGCUGGGUGCAGAGGUGACACCAGUGGAGACACCGCCUCAGAUCAACGAUGAUGACAAGGAGAGCUUCAUGCUGUUCGCUGCUCUAUUCGAGGCGACGAUGAUCGACAGGAAGAUAGGGGACAAGCCCGUCAGCUUUGAGUUCACCAUUGGGAACUAUGGAAAUUUCAUUGAUGGCGCCUCCCAAGUGAGCCCUAGUAAGAAAAAGGUAGCGGUCGAGAGGGUAGCUGAGCCUCUGGAACCUGACAGCGCUCUCAGCACUCCCUUACUGGAAGCCCAAGAACCAGAACCGUGCAUGUCCACAACCCCUCCUACGAAGCCCCUGCUCAUGAAAGGAAAUAGGAACUACAUGUACCUCCCCAUUCGAGACAGGAAACCGUGUGUCCACUUGUUCAGCCGCUGGGAGGACCAGUCCUUCCGCCUGCACUACUCAAACAUGCUGGACAGCAUCACAUUGAAGCUGGAGGAGGGAGUGGCUAAAGCUGGUGAGCAGAACAAGCUCUCAGAUCCCCGGGCUGAGGCCUCCAUCCUCAAGGUGUUCCAGGAGUUUCGGGCAAACACCAGGACGUUCAUUGCCUUUGCAGAGAAGAAGGUGAAGGGGGACAAGCUGACCAACUUGGACAAAAAGCGUUUGACACUGUGCAGAGAUGAGCUGGAUAGUAUGGCGAGUGAGGUGAAGUCCAUCACUGGCCCGAAGAAGAAGACUAUGAGUGUCAAAAGCAUGCUACAAGAGGCCUUCAAACUCACUCAACGCAUGAGGUUCCUGGUGGAAGAGCCCCAGCACACUCUUCCAGACGUGUUGGUGUGGUUGCUUAGCAACAACAAGCGUGUGGCGUACGCCCGCAUUGCUGCCCGCCACUUGCUCUACUCCUCCUGCCCGCAAGACAAGGGUCGAGACUGCGGCAAGAUCAAGACCCUGUUUCUCAAGCCGCCAGGCAAGCGUCUGACCGGCUGGACGGUGCAGGCCAAACUGGAUGUGUACCUGUGGCUGGGGGACUGCAGAGACUCCGCCCACAUGCUGGAAAACCUGCCCUCAGGGUUUGAGCUCUUCAGCCGGCCCACUGACAGGCCCGUCGAACACCACGCCACCCCUGCACCUGACGAGCUAGUCUACAAAGCCCAUCACCAGUUCCAGCUGCGGGCCCACAUGUACCAGGCCCGCGGACUCAUUGCGGCUGACAGCAGUGGCCUCUCAGACCCUUUCGCUAAGGUGUCCUUCGCGUCACACAACCAGUCCACAGCGAUCAUUAACCAGACACUGACCCCAACCUGGAACCAGAUGCUGCUCUUCAAAAAAGUGACGCUCUACGGCGAGCUGAAUGACCUCAAAGAGGAGCCGCCCCGCAUCGUCAUCGAGGUGUACGACGACGAUGCCCUGGGAAAGGCAGAAUACCUGGGCUGCGCCAUGACAGUGCCGGAGGUCAGACUGUCCAAUGAGGCCUACUCCCCCCCUGAGCUGAAGUACAGUCCCCUCUUCUGCGGCAGUCAGUCAGGAGGAGACCUCCUGGCGGCCUUCGAGCUCAUCCAGAUCCCAGGGACUGGGGAAGAAUCCCUGCCACCCGUAGAUGAGCCAGAUGGACUGAUCUAUCCGGUUCCUGCCAGCAUCCGGCCUGCACUCAGCAAGUACAGGAUAGAGGUGCUGUUCUGGGGCCUUCGGGAGCUGAAGAAGGUGCAGCUACUUUCCGUGGACAGGCCGCAGGUGUUCAUUGAGUGUGCAGGGAAGGGGGUGCGUUCCUCGGUCAUACAGAGCUACAAGAAAAACCCGAACUUCACCGUCCUGGUGGACGUCUUCGACGUGGAUCUGCCGGAAAAUGAGAACCUGCACCCUCCCCUCAAUAUCUCCGUGGUGGACUGGCGUGCCUUCGGGCGGAGCACACUGGUGGGCAACCAUGUGAUCAACAGCCUCAAGAAAUUCAAUUAUGUUCCUCUGCCACCUCCACCUCCGCGACCCCCACAGCCCAGACAGGAAGUGGUCCCACGUGCAUCGACGAGACGCUCCAUAGGGGCAGUGCCCUCUAGCGAUAUCUAUGUCAACAUUGAGCAGGAGCCAAUCGCCAAGCCUGCACCCCCAACAGCGACUGAAUCAGAGAAGAAAAAGGGGUCCAAGACGACUAUGCGGAGGUCCACCAAGAGGAGGAGACGCACAAUCGUAGAUGAGUCUGCUGAAAACGUCAUUGACUGGUGGUCAAAGUACUAUGCUUCUGUUGAGAAGGUCCAGCAGGUGAAACUAAAGGAAGCCCAUGAAUUCCCUCACAUAUAUGACAAUGUAUCUCCGCUUCAGCACUUGGUCUCGGAAGGAGUAAAUACCCUCGUGAGUGGACAGCAGGACCAGUACACCUUGGCAGCCCAGAAGAAGAGAAAGGCUCUCAGCUUCAGUGGAGUGCUACAACCCAAACUGGCUACAUUACAGCUGUAUGACAAGGAGCUAGAGGCUGAGUUUGGGCCCUUUGAUGACUGGGUCAAAACCUUUGAACUGUACCGGGGUAAGGCCAACGAGGGGGAAGGCUCCAGCGAAGAGAGGCUUGUCGGAAAAUUCAAGGGCCGAUUUUGCCUCUACAAGACUAUUGAGCCAGAGGGUUUUGAGGGAGGUCCAGGUGCUGGCCAAUUUAAAAUCAACCAAGGAAUCCCACCCAACUCCCCCAUCAAUGUUCUGGUCCGGGUGUACAUUGUUUCGGCCACCAACCUCUUCCCAGCUGAUUCAGAUGGGAAAUCCGAUCCCUACAUAGUCUUAAAGCUGGGAAAAAUGGAAAUCAAGGACAGAGAUAACUACAUCCCUAAACAACUCAACCCAGUCUUCGGCAGGUCCUUUGAGAUGCAAGCUACAUUCCCAAAGGAGUCUGUGUUGUCUGUCUUCAUCUAUGAUCAUGAUACGAUCGGGUCUGAUGACUUGAUCGGGGAAACCCGGAUAGACCUAGAGAAUCGGUUCUACAGCCGACAUCGGCCAACCUGUGGGCUACCCACUGAAUAUGCCGUCGAGGGGUACAAUGCCUGGAGAGACUCCAUGAAGCCUUCACAGCUGCUGACAAAGCUGUGCAAUGAGAACCAUUUGGAUGGGCCACACUUCCAGCCUGGCAGAAUUACCAUCGGGGAUAAGGUCUUCAGUGGAAAGACUACCUUUGUGGAUGAGGAGCAGACUGUAGAAUCCUAUGAACAUCUGGCACUAAAGAUUCUCCACCGCUGGAGUGAGAUCCCAGGUGUUGGGUGCAAGCUGGUCCCGGAACACAUCGAAACCCGAACUUUGUACCACAAGGAGAAGCCAGGGAUGGACCAGGGCCAGCUGCAGAUGUGGGUGGAUAUGUUUUCCAUGGACAUGCCCCCUCCAGGCCCUUCGGUGGACAUCUCCCCACGAAAACCUAAAGGAUAUGAGCUGAGAAUCAUCAUUUGGAACGCAGAAGACGUCAUACUGGAGGAUACCAACUUCAUUACGGGGCAACAAUCCAGUGAUAUUUACAUCAAAGGAUGGCUGAAGGGCCUAGAGGAUGACGGCCAGGAGACAGAUGUCCACUACAACUCUCUGACCGGGGAGGGAAACUUCAACUGGCGCUUUGUCUUCCCCUUUAACUACCUGCCUGCGGAGAAGGUGGUGGUGAUCAGCAAGCGGGAGAGCAUCUUCUCACUGGACAAGACGGAGCAGAAGCUGCCGGCCGUGCUGGUGAUGCAGGUGUGGGACUUCGAGCGGCUGUCCUCCGAUGACUUUUUGGGGUCGGUGGAGCUGGAUCUGCACAGCUUCCCGCGGGGCGCCAAGACGGCCAAAGUCUGCAAGAUGGACAUGAUGGACACCUUCACCGAUAAGAUAUCCAUCUUCCAGCAGAAACGGUCCCGAGGGUGGUGGCCGUUCGUCAAGUCCGGGGAACUCACGGGAAAAGUGGAGGCGGAGUUCCAUCUGGUGACAUCAGAAGAGGCGGAGAAGAACCCGGUGGGGCGUGCCCGCAAGGAACCAGAGCCCCUGGAGAAGCCAAACCGCCCGGACACAUCUUUCUCCUGGUUUGUGAACCCUUUCAAGUGCUUCUUCCAUCUGAUCUGGAAGAACUACAAGAAGUACAUCAUCAUCGCCCUGGUGCUCCUCAUCUCCGCCCUGUUCAUCGCCCUGCUGCUCUACACUCUACCAGGAGCCAUCUCCCAAAAGAUCGUCAACGGCUAGCAGAAAACACGCAAGCGCACACACACGCAAGCACACGCAUAUACACACACACACACGCACACACACACACACAUACAUACCCCCACACGCAAGCAAGCACACACGUACACACAUGCAUGCACAUAUGCACACAUGCACCCACAUAUGCACGCACGCAUGGAAGCACACACACACACACACACACACAAGUACCCACCCACACAAACACACACCGACACACGCACAUGUACGCACACACACACACAUGCACACACACACGGGCGACUGAAGUCCAGUAGUUUAUUAAAUGAAUGGGAGAACCUUCAGUCUUCAUAUUGCACUCCUGUGACUAUGUAAUAGAACUAAUUUUUAAUGCUGAGAGCAGGCACAACUGCUGAAAUUUUAAACUAACUGCAAUGUGUACGUCCAUUUAGAUACUAAAAGUUUGUGUCCCUAUGCAACCAUUUUUAUUUACCUAACUGUAACUGCAUAUUAUCACUUAAAGGGGACAAUAAUAGAACAAAAUCUGUUUUAAAUAUCUGAAAUUAUACCAGUUGAAAAAAUUAUGAGGUGAGUUUUGUAAAUACCAUAAAAUUUCUCAUUAAGAAAUAUAUUAACCUUCGGAGACACUGUGGAACCUUGUCCAAUAUGCCGACAUCUGUUCUGGUACAUCAUUUUAUUAUUAUUAUCGAAGCCAUGAACUGUGUGAGAACUAAAUCAGAAAAAAAUCUAAUAAAAACGUGACUGCA